GUCAUAUUCACCUGGAGUUUAGAGGGGUCAACAUCAACGGCUACAGAUGCACUCACAUUAACAACAUUGGAUCUCCUGAAAACUGGUAUUCAUGACAUGUCAGUUGUAUUUAAAGAAGAGAAGACAUGAUGAAUGGAGAAAUAAAGAUUCAUGCCCUCUCAGAGACUUUGGAGGACACAGAAAAAGGAGGGGUCGUAGUCACAGGGAUCACAAAUCCAGCAAUCAACCUGAAGGAAGGAGAUCGGCUUGUUGCUGCAACCGUUCAUCUGGACCACCUCAGUAAAGAUGAAGUGCUAAAAUUGAUCAGAAUACUCGAGCCCUAUGACAAGAAUCUUGAACUCAAGACAGCAAAAGAUCUGAAAGAAGGACUGUCUCUUGGUGAUCUUCGACUGAACAGUGAGGCAGGACUUCAAGCACCAGGUGUUCAGGUUAAUGGGCUAAAUGGACAGAUAAAUGCCCCAAGGCUUAAGGGUGGGAUCUCAACCCCAACAGUAAAUGCAGAAAUGCCACAGAUUGAGCUAAAGGAUGCCACACCUAACUUCAGCCACCCAGGGUUCAAAAGGCCAACUUUUGGCUUGUCUGCACCAAAUCUCGAAGGAGCAGGUCUGGAUGGUACAUUAGAAGCACCUGAUGUCAGUGUCUCUACCCCUACUCUUAACACCCCAGAUGUUUCUGUUAAUGUAGACAAACCUGAACUGAAGACCAAAACGCCCAAGUUCAAAAUGCCCACCUUCAGUCUUCAUGGUAAAAAACCAAAGGUCGAUGGUGAUGUGAAUCUAACUGCCCCAGACAUAAAUGCUGACCUAAAAACCCCUGAUCUGAAUCUGUCGGCCCCAAAGAUUAACGGAAAAAUUGGGACCCCUGACGUAGACAUGACCUUGCCAAAAGCGAAGCUCAGUGGUCCAAACCUGGACAUCGAAACACCAAAAGCUAAUAUCGAAGCGCCCUCUGGCAAGAUCAAAUUUCCUAAAUUAAAGAAAGCAAAAACUACAAAAGUGAAAGUACCAGAGGCAAGUGUUGAUACAAAGCUUUCUGGUCCAAAAGUAAAUGCAGAUGUCAGUGCACCAAAUGUUGACAUUGAUCUGCCAAGAGCCAACCUUGAAGCUCCAGAUGUAGAUAUUAAAACUUCUGAUGUUGAUAUAAAUGCUCCCUCUAAGAAAAUAAAGUGGUCAACAUUUAAGAAACCCACAUUUGGGCAGAAGGUUAAAGCAUCAGAGGUUGGUUUAAAUGCCAAUGUCUCAACACCUGAUUUAAAUCUCUCAGCACCAAAGAUAGAUGGAGAUAUCAGCAUUCCAAAAGGAGAUGUCAAUUUACAGAGCACUGAUAUUGAUGUAAAAGCACCUGCUGUAAACAUUAAUGCUCCGACUGCAAAGCACAAGUUCUCAACUUUUAAAAUGCCAAAGCUAAACUUACAUAAAUCAAAGCUGAAAACUCCAGGUCUAAAUGCAGGGGUACACGCACCAGACUUGGACAUGUCGGCUCCUGGGGUAGAUAUUAAUCUGCCAAAAGCUGAACUGGAAGGAACGAAUCUAGAUGUCAAGGCACCAAACCUCAACCUCUCUGCUGCAGAUCUAGACAUUAAAACUCCAGCUGCUGAUGUGACAACACCAGAUAUUGGCAUAGAAGCUCCAUCUGCAAAGGUAAAGAAGCCCCAUGUUAAACUGCCUAAAAUAAAUCUAUCUGGGCCAAAAAUGAAAGGUCCAGAUGUAGACCUCAAUGCACAGGCAGAUCUCCAUGGACCGGACCUAGACCUGAAAGCUCCAGAUCUCAGUCUUUCAGCACCCAAAGUGGAUGGCAAACUUAGUGCUCCAGAUGUGGAUCUGAACUUGCCCAAUGCUAAUGUCAAAAGUCCAAAUGUAGACCUUGAAGCCCCAGAUAUUUACAUUGAUGCCCCCUCUAGCAAAGCCAAGGUACCUCACUUUAAGCUGCCUAAAUUUGGUCUUUCUGGACCUCGGGUUAAAACACCAAAACUAGAUGCACCUGAUGUGGAUGUGAACAUGCCCACAGAGGAACUUAAAGCACCUAAUGUAGAUGUUAAAGCACCUGAUCUUAGUGUUUCAACACCUAAAGUUAAAGGUGACAUUUCUGCUCCUUCUUUAGCCCUCGGUUUACCAAAAGCCGACUUAAAUGCUCCAAGUGCAAACAUUGGGGGAAAUCUAAAGUCACCAAAUCUCAAUCUCACCACCCCAGAUGUAGACCUAGACUUGCCAAAAGCAGAGCUUGAAGGACCUGAUGCUACCCUUAAAGUCCCAGAUGUUGACAUUAAUGCCCCAUCUGGAAAAUUUAAGAUGCCACAUGUCAAUUUUCCAAAACUGAAUUUGACUGGGCCAAAAGUAAAAGGGCCUGAGCUGGAUGCUAAUGCAGAUCUAGAUCUCUCAGUUCCCAAAUUUGAAGGAGAAUUAAAUUCACCCAGUGUUGACUUAAAUCUUCCCAAAGCUGAGGUCAGUGUUCCCAAUGUAGAUAUCGAGUCCCCAGACUUAAAGGCUCCGUCUGGAAAGCUGAAACUAAUUACAUUUAAGAAACCAAAAGCUGACCUUUCUGGUCCAAAAAUGAAGACACCUGAGAUUGACUUAAAUACAGAAGCUCCUGAUCUCAGCCUCUCAGCUCCAACAGUUGAUGCAGAUGUCAAAGUGCCAGAUGCUGAUAUAAACCUUCCCAAAGCAGAUGUUGACAUCAAUGCUCCAAAAGGAAAGCUGAAAUUCCCAACCAUCAAAAAGUUUAACCUGUCUGGUCCAAAAGCCAAAUCUCCUGAAGUCGACAUUGCUGCUGAUGUAAGUGGAAAAGAUCUGAAUCUAUCUGCACCUGGGGUUGGUACUCCUGAUGUUGACGUGAAUCUACCAAAUGCUUGGGUUGAUGUAGAUGUUCCAGACAUCAAUGCUGAAGAGGGCUCAAAGCGUAAGGUAAAAUGGCCCUUCAAAUGGAGAAAAUCUACUGAAUUAAAGGAUGAGGAUAUUAACAUUAAAGCACCAGAAGUAGAUGGUACCACUGCAGAAAUUAAACUCCCCAAAAAUAUACCAUUGUUCAAGCCUCACCGCCUACCUGACAGCAACAUUGACAGUAUCUUACAAGAACUCACUGGAGCAGUUGACCUCAGUACUGACCCUACAAAAACAACUAAUGACGCGGUCGUCUUGGUCUCCUCAGUCAAGACAAAUCUUAAAGCUUCUUCUCCGUUUGUUGGGGUCAAUGGACAGACAGCUAGUGUAGAUAUCCGGGAAAGGCUGAGAUUGUCUAAUGCACGUACUACAAGCCCAGAUUUUGGCAUAUUUUCAGAACCAGGCAGCCCUACAAAAGUGAAUAGAGGAACAUGUAAAGUCACAAAGCCUGAUGCUGAUAAGGACUACCCAGUAAUUGAUACAACUAGCAAUGAAGAUGACACCAAGAUUGCCCUCAGCUUGAACAACAUGCUUGGUUUGCCAACAGAUUAAUCCUUAAAUAAAACCAAGAGCCUUGUUAGUGUAGUUCCACACCCACUACAUAGUGCAUAUGUAAACUAUGUAAAAAUUAAAAAAAUUCACCUCCAGCUGUUUACUUUUAAAAUGGCUAGAGUAUUAACAGAGAUGUACUUAUUUUUAUAAUCAGUUAUAUACAUAAUUGUAUAAAGUUCUCUUUAAA